AUGACAGUUGUUCAGCGAAAUAAUUUGAAAGAUUGCACGUUGAAAGAAAAGCUAGACUUUUAUUAUCGUGUCGUGAAAAGCCAAAUUCUUCGGUUUCAACACCCUAUCAGUGGAUUAUUUCCUCUCAUACCUAUGAAUUCUAACUGUAGGUACAGUCAUGUACGGGAUUCCGUGUACUGCGCCACAGUUGUGUGGGCUUUACAUAGGUGUUUCUCACGAGUGGAUGAUGAUGAAGGCCGUCAUUAUGAACUCGGGCAAAGUGCUGUUAAAUGCAUGCGUAGCAUUUUGAUGGGUUGGAUGCAACAGUCUACACGAUUAGAACAUUUCAAAAGAGUUCAAAAUUCGGAUACUUGUCUGCAUCCACGUUUUGAUUACGAGACUGGGGAACCCAUAUAUGAUGACCAUUACAAAAACCUGCAAAUGGAUUGUAUUGGAUUAUAUGUUAUUCAGUUGACACAAAUGAUUCAUUCUGGACUUCAGAUCGUUUAUACAAAGGAUGAAGUAGCGUUUGUUCAGAAUCUCAUAUUCUACUUGGAAAGAGCUUAUCGUAUCCCAGAUUACGGAAUGUGGGAACGUGGAACUAAGCAGAAUCGUAACAUAACAGAAUUGCACGCCAGUUCUAUCUGUAUGGCAAAGGCUGCACUAGAAUCAAUUGCUGGAUUCAAUAUUUAUGGAACUGAAGGAGGUCAUUCAUCUAUCCUUUUCAUGGAUGUUGAUGCACAUAGUCGUAAUAGGAUAAUUAUGACGAACUUAUUACCCAGAGAAUCUGCAUCAAAAGGCACUGAUGCUUCACUUAUACCAGCUCUCUGUUGGCCAGCAUAUGGUACGUGCUCAACAGAAACUCGAUUGCCAGCUCUAAAACGUUGUUUGGAUCGUUUAAAAGGUCGUUAUGGCUUUAGACGAUUUACCCGAGAUGGUUAUGCUACUGUUUUGGAUACAAAUAAUGAAUAUCAACCAGGAGAAUUGAUGAAAUUUGCUGGAAUUGAGAAUGAAUGGCCAAUGUUUUUUGCUUAUAUGAUUAUUGAAUACUGCUUGAGUGGUGAAUUGGAAAAGGCCCUGGAGUACGAUCGGUUAAUGCAACCGCUUCUUGUUCAUCCUGUAUCUGAAUUUCAUCCGUGGCUUCCUAAAUUCUUUUAUGUUCCCAUUGAAGAAUUGGAAAAAGAACGUCAAUGUCGUGAUUCAGUAGCUCGUAAAAGCAGUUUUCGUUUAGCUGGUGAAUCUCGAUUUUUGUGGGGACAAUCAGUUUAUAUUCUGUCUCAAUUACUUUUGUCUGGUUGUCUUCUUCCGCAUGAGUUAGACCCUAUUGGUCGAAGGCCAGCACAACGUUUUUCUGGUUUAAUUUCACUUGGUAAUGAAAUCGUAUGCCCUGGGAAAUCAAUGAAUGUAACUAUUCAAGUAGUGCUUAUAUCUGAAUCUGUCCGCCUUCAACAAGUUUUAGCUACAUAUGGAAUUAUAACGCAAACACCUUUACAAGUUGAACCUAUUCAGAUAUGGUCUCCGGAUCAACUAGUGCGAGUUGGAAAAUUUUUGGGAUGUAGCGAACGUUUAGGACUCUCCGGUCGUCCUCCUCGACCUUAUGGACAGUUAGGAACUAGCAAAUUUUACAGAAUAUCUGGUCUUACUGUCCUGUGUUAUCCGUUAUUGUUUGAAGCCCAAGACUUUUAUCUUCUACAUGAUAUGCAAGUGGUUAUAGAUGAAGCUAAGACAGAUUUUUUGUUUCUUUCAAAUUGGUGGAGAUUACGUGGACGUCCAACAUUUUGUUUUCUUAUGCGUGAGGAUAUGGUGAAGGUUCCAGGAUUUGAUAAAUUGCUUCGCUUUCUGGUGAGCAUGAAGAAUGGUACCGUACAGGAAGCUCAUGUCGUUCUUGGACGUGCACAGAAAUUUGUUUCAAGUGGAUUCGUGGAACACUUGGAUUUUCUACCUUAUUGGACCGCUAAAGGUGAAUAUUUUCGUAGAUUACAUCAAUUGGAUGCUGGACGUUCAUAUAGAAGUUUAGAUAAUCUACCUAAAGCGGUUGGUAUAUCGUCUAAAUCUUUAGGUCGAUCAAAAUUCCAUAUAUCAGAUGAAGACAUUUUUCGCAGCAUUCACAUGAUGGACAGAGGACCCUUACAAAAUUUAAGUGAUCUCCAAGUAAUUGAACAAGCUAUUAAACCUGGAGAUGAUCCAUUAAAUUUAGCCCAUCGUGUAGCUGCUUUACAUGAACUGUUGAGUCGUCAUGGUUUAGAUCACGGAUUUUCUACUGAUGAACACUUUCUUAUUGUUCGAGAUUGUCUUACUGAAUUGUCUCGCAAAGCUGGUAUUCAACAAACAUGGUGUGUAGUACGGUUGUGUGCAGCUUUAUUGUCUCAAUUCGCCAAUAGUUUAGCUCCAUCUUUAUCAAUUAUUCUGGUUUGCGGUAAACAAGUUACGGUUGGUGUUGCACAAGGCUCAGAAGUUGUAGUGAAUAAACCUUUAAAUCCAGAUGAAUUAUGCUCUUUGUUACGUGAAGAAGUUUACUCGCAUGAUCCAGUACAAUUUUCAUUGCAACAAGAAAUUAUUCUGUGGGUUAGUAGUUUAUUAACUUCAAAUAAAGAGUUAUUUGAUGGAAUCAAAUUUAUUCGACUAGGUUGGUUGUUGGAAGCAAUGAAGUUGAAACUUGAGUGGGAAACUUGUAUUUGCCUAAACCAUAAAGAUAAUCAACAGCAUACUGAGGAUUGUCUAUGUAGUUCAUCAAGAUCUACGUAUGAAUAUGUUUUAAAAGCGUUGUCCACAAACGAUUCAAAAAUAAAUCCUCGUAGUUUGGGCGCAUGUCAUUUGUAUAGUUUACCACCAUGUCAAGUGAAAGAUCUACUAUUGCGUACACUAAAAGCUGGUCAAGUGGAUAAAAAAUUUGAGAAUACAAUUACUACACCUGUUCACAGUAAAUUUAAUAAUUCUAUAGUAACAACAACAUCUAUUACCAAUGCUACCCCGUGUAUUACUCGAGAGUUAACUGUAAUUACUGAAUGUGGAACGAUAAAGGAUUCUUCAGAAUAUUCUCUUCAAACUCGUCGUGCACGUUUGCGACGUCAUUAUCAACAUGACAAGCAUUCCUCUUUCUCUUCACCUGAAGCAUCACGUGAGUAUUCGUCUAGAGAACUUUUGGAUAUGGCUAAUCCCUUGUUUCAACGUCAGUUGGAUGGAUGCCUGGGUCGUGUGCCUCCGACAUUCUAUGAAGGUGUUUAUCUGAUUCUUGAGAGAUCUACUCAUGGUUUUCUGAUUUGUGGCAAGCUGCUACUACAGAAACCUACUUUAACUGAUAUGACACCGUAUGACUUCAAUUUUAUUGAUGAAGUUGAAUGUCUUCUUCGACCAAUACGUGAUCCUGUUUAUCGAUCAUUAGUUGUAGAAACUAUUAUGGUUAUUGCAGUUAUACUACAAAGAAAUAGUGAACUUUCAUUCAAAGAGGCAGUAGACAUUCAAGUUAUCAUUGAAGACGCCAUGAAUUCAUUUAUGCGUGAUCGUCAGUCUGAUAAACCAGUUGAUAACUUAAUUAACAACGUACGAAGACGUAUGUCAUGGCCUGAACCAGACAUGUUAUCUUCUGAAUUACCGGUCUAUUCUCAAUUCACAUCAACUCCAGCGAACACUCCUAUGGGGACUACUUGUUAUAUCGCAAAGGCUGUACUUGAUCGUUUGUUGCAAGGAAAUAUAGACCUGACCAAAGUUAGUAAAGAUGCUUGUUGUACAAUGUAA